AUGGGCAACGCCGUGCGAAGCCUCAUAGCCUUCAUCCCAUCCAAACGCUGCAGACGCUUCCUGGCGGGGGACCUGACGGAAAUGCCGCCAGAUGGGACUCUGGAUCUGAGCGGCCGUCAGUUACGCCGCCUACCCGUCACCGCUUGCGUCUUCGGCGAACUAUCCAAGCUCUACCUGAGCGGCAACAACCUGAGCGGCUUGCCUGAAGAACUGAAGCUCCUGAGGAAGCUCCAGCUCCUUGCUUUGGACUUCAACCGCUUCGAGGAGCUCCCCGCCGCCGUCUGUAAGCUUCCCCGGCUUAGCAUCCUCUACCUAGGGAACAACAAACUUUUCCGGCUACCCGAGGAACUUCGGGAACUCAAGGAACUGAACACCUUGUGGCUGGAGACCAAUCGCUUCUCGGUUUUCCCGAGCGUGGUUUGCGAGCUGCCCAAUCUGAAGACCCUGCAUCUCGGCUACAACCAAAUACGACGCUUACCGGAGGAGCUCGGAAGGUUGGAGGAACUGAGGAGCAUCUGGCUGGCCGGGAACGAGCUGACGGAGUUUCCCAAAGUGCUGCUGGAAAUGCAGUUCCUCGCCGUCAUCGACGUGGAUCGGAAUAAAAUCCAACGAUUUCCGGGGCUCUGUCACUUGCAAGGACUCAAGUUGGUUAUUUAUGAUCACAAUCCGUGCGUUAAUGCACCCGUGGUGGCCAACGGGGUGAGGAGAGUCGGACGUUGGGCGGAUUGUUCUGAUGAUGAGCAGGAAGAUGAAGGGUCAAAACUGAAGAUGACGGAGACAGAAGAAGAUCUCAAUGUUCAACUCUCAUCGGGAUAG